GCAGAAUCGGAUGUGAUGGCAGUAACACCAGCACGUGUGUACCAGAGACUGUUCUUACUUUAAAUUAGUUUAACUCUAAAAGUAUAUUCAUUGAAUUAAAUCACUUUUUUACAAAAUUAAUUAUUGUUAUUUUUAUCAUUCACCCAAAAAUAUCAAAUUUUUAAGAAACCGGACAGAAAUUUUAAACCGACCGAAAAUUUGAACCGAAUCCGCCAUUUCGGAUCCGAUAACAAAAAUAUAAAUAAAUAAAUAUAUUUAACUUAUACUAAGAAAUGUAUGUAACAUAUAUUUUUGUAAAUAAGUAAUUUGUGUGUUAGUGCAAUAAUUAAUUGAGUAAUAAGUGUGUGAAUGUGUGUGUCUGUUUUAAAUUGAUGUAAUGGCAGCCUGUCAUCCGCGUCCACUUCAACAUCUUCAAAUACACGACGGAACUAUUAGUAAUGUCCAAACAGUUGGAAAUAUCAGUCAUCAUCAAACCCAUAAUCAAAAUCAUCAAAAUAUACCGGCACAUUAUUCUCCACAUCUUUUAAAUUGGGUUUAUCUUGCUAUCGCCGAUCAAAAUCAUCAUUCUGAUCAGAGCAAAAUACUGCCUACGAUAUGGGGAAAUUUUCCGACAGCAUCUCAGCAUCACAGUUACAUGCAAAAAAGUUCAUUAAGCCCCGGAUCAAUUCCUCUUGGAAGCAGCAUAGUCGACAGUAUCGGAGAUCUCGCUGAACAUUUUAACGAAUUAGGAUUACUAGAUAAAAAACCAACAAAAAGGCCUCCCUCGACUUAUUUAUGUCACUUGUGCUUCAGAAAAGGGCAUUACAUCAAAGAUUGUCCUCAAGCAAGACCAAAAGGUGAAGGGCUAACGCCAUAUCAAGGAAAGAAACGUUGCUUCGGUGAAUACAAAUGUUCAAAAUGUAAACGUAAAUGGAUGUCGGGGAAUAGUUGGGCUAACAUGGGCCAAGAGUGUAUCAAGUGUCACAUUAACGUCUACCCCCAUAAGCAGGUGAGUCUGGGGUCAACAUCGAUGUUGUUAUCGACUACAUCCCCGUCUCACGCGUUCAACUCCUUACUUCGUUACAGACCUUUGGAAAAACCCGAUGGUUUGGAUGUCUCUGACCAAUCGAAGGUUCACCCGCAACAUCUCUGUGAGAAGUGUAAGACUCUCGGCUAUUACUGCCGACGAGAUCAAUAAUAAAGUUUAAAAACUACUUUACCCUCACCUUUUUUUACUCACUUUAAAUUUAUUAUUACAGUAAUUAUAUACGAGUAUAUAUUCUCCGAUUCCUUAUAGUUUUGUUCCGAUUACUAUUUAAAGCUCCCGCAGUUUUUCCUUCGAACCAACAGCUCCCAGUUUCUUACACAAAAAAAAAUUUAUAUAAACAUCCACUGAAUAUAUAUACAAGGAAAGUAAGGUUCCAUGUGAGCCUAUGAUUCCUCUUGAUGUUAAAUUAAAAAUUUCCUAUACACUAUUGAUUUAAGUAGGAAGAGCAAUAAUCUAAUUUAGACUGAAAGCGAAAAAAAUUUUUUAAUAAAACAAUCACGGGUUUGUUAUUAAUAUGUAUAAACUUUGGUCACCCGUUGAUUUAUGUAUAAAUUUCGCUGAAGAUAUUUCAUUGAUUAUUAUAAUCGUUAAUUAUUGAUCGCUGAUUGUCGAUUAUUAAUAAUUAAGAGUACACGAAAAAAAUAAUCAUAUAGAUAUAAUUAUUUAUACAUUUGGAUAUGGUUAAACAAUAUAUGUAUAUCUGAUACCAUCUAUGAUUAUAUCUGAUACGAUGUAUGACUAUAUCUGAUAUCAUGCCUGAUCAUAUAUGAUACCAUGAUUGUUCAUAUCUGAUAUCAUGCAUGAUAAUAUCUGAUACCAUGUUUUAUAAUAUCUGAUAUUAUGUCUGAUCGCAUAUAAUACCAUGAUUGUUCAUAUUUGAUAUUAUGCAUGACUAUAUCUGAUAUCAUGCCUGAUCAUAGAUGAUAUCAUAUCCGAUCAUAUAUGAUACCAUGUUUGUUCAUCCCUGUUACCAUAAACAAUAAUAUCUGAUAUCAUGCCUGAUCAUAUAUAUUACCAUGAUCGUUCAUAUCUGAUAUCAUGCAUGAUAAUUUCUGAUAUCAUAUCUGAUCAUAUAUGAUACCAUAAUUUUUCAUAUCUGGUAUCAUGCAUGAUAAUAUCUGAUAUCAUGCCUGAUCAUAUAUAUUACCAUGAUCGUUCAUAUCUGAUAUCAUGCAUAAUAAUUUCUGAUAUCAUAUCUGAUCAUAUAUGAUACCAUGAUUUUUCAUAUCUGGUAUCAUGCAUGAUAAUUUCUGAUAUCAUGCCUGAUCAUAUAUAUUACCAUGAUCGUUCAUAUCUGAUAUCAUGCAUGAUAAUUUCUGAUAUCAUAUCUGAUCAUAUAUGAUACCAUAAUUUUCCAUAUCUGGUAUCAUGCAUGAUAAUAUCUGAUAUCAUGCCUGAUCAUAUAUAUUACCAUGAUCGUUCAUAUCUGAUAUCAUGCAUGAUAAUACCUGAUACUAUGUAUUAUAAUUUCUGAUAUUAUGUCCGAUCACAUAUAAUACCAUGAUUGUUCAUAUCCUGACAUCAUGCAUGACUGUAUCUGAUAUCGUGCAUGAUAAUUUCUGAUAUCAUAUCUGAUCAUAUAUGAUAUCAUGAUUGUUCAUCUCUGUUACCAUAAACAAUCAUAUCUGAUAUCAUGCAUGAUCAUAUCUGAUACCAUGUCUGGUCGUUGAUGAUACUAUAAUUGUUCAUGUAUAAUACCACGCACGAUCAUAUAUGGUACUAUGAUUGAUCAUAUCUGAUAUCAUGCAUGAUACCAUGCUUGAUCAUGCAUGGUAAUAUUUAAGAUUUUUUUUCUGGAUGCAUAAAAUGAAAAAAAAACAAGGUUGGUUAAGGAUAAAACUAAUAAUUUAUAACAAUUAUUGUAAUAUUUAUAAUAUAAUAAUAAUAACAUAUAUUUAUGUAUACGCUGAAUAUACAAGCCAAAAAAUUGAUAAUUCUAAUUUAA